UUCAUUUUCCCAGGAAUUAAAAUGCCCGUACUUCUCGACUUUGAACAAAUUGGACCAGGCUUAAUACGCUUUGAGGAUGGAGUGUUAUUGUUAGGAGCAGAUUUUUGUUUUGAGGAGAAUUGUAUAAAACAAGAAAAAAGUUUGUUAAUGUUAGCAGAAAGCCAACAAAGUUUAGACAUGGACGCAAAUUAUUAUGAUAUUAGUACUUGA